CACGCGCGUGGGGCACCUGAUCGCAGCCCAGGCUCCCAAGCCCUGCGUCCUUUCCAGCCUCCCAGGGCCUCUGACUUGGGUCUCCCUCCUCAGUCCUAGCUGGUUCCACCUCUGUCACCCAAAUGUCCAGCCCUGAGCCCAGCAUCCGACGCCCAUUCCUGCUUUUUCUGGGAUCUCACUUGCUUUGCCUCCGCCAGGCCAGGCUUUUGCAGCCAGGAGGACCAGCAGGUUGGCCGCUCUGCAGCAGGUCCCUGUGCACCUGAGACAGCGAGGACCAGGAAGCGGCAAGCACAGAGCCCUUGUCCUCCAUGGCCAGCGUCCGCCGGUGUGACCUGGAGGAGGACCGAAGGCCCCGGCUGGGACCCAGGAGUCAGACUCCACGCACCUGGGCAGCAGCGAGUCCCCAGGGGAGCCUGCCCACGCCUGCAGCUCCGGCUUGCCUGUCUCCUCUAAACACACUGCCUCACUGGCCUUGCACAGGAAUCUGGGGUUUCUGAUGAGCAAACUGAUGACGAACUUAGGGGAAAAUGGCAAAAGAUACCUUCUCAGCUCCACGGACGUAAACAACGUACCUGAUGGUGUCUUGGGUGACAGAACAUUCUGUGGUAGCGUCACGAUGCCAAUGGAGUUGUGCCAUCAUUUUGAGACCUGUCAUUCAGAUAUUAAAAAAAGAGUGGAUAUGUUGAGUGUUGACAUUAGCAGGUCUUCAAAAGCCAUGUUACUAAAGAUUUGAAAAUUAGAAGUGGCCACUGACACCUCCUACAGGUUUUAAUUUCUCAAAAAAUCAAUAUCAAUCUCUAUCAUGAACCUAAGGAAAAAAAGAUGUGGGGUCCCUUUUUUUUUUUUUUCAAGUAGAAAGGAUCUUGAGAAAAGCACGAUGGAGCAUAAGCAGGUGUGCCUGGUGCAGUGCUUGCUCUGACAUUGUGAUGUCACUCCCACCGCCUGUACGAGUGCCCGGCUCAGCGGAGCUUCUUGUCCGUGUUGCCCAGGAAGCUCCUUGGUGCUGACUUGUAGGACUCGGACCAAGCCAGCUGUUUUCCCUUUUGUUUUCUUGAUGUUUGGUUUACUUGUACUUUUUCCUAUUUUUUUUUAUUUUGCCUUUUUCUAUUUUAUUUUGUUCUUUUUUCUAUUUUGUUAAUUUUAUUCUCUCCCUCUCUUUUUACUUUUUACCCUUGUGUGCUUCAUUUUACUCAAUGGUUUCUUUUUUGACUUUAUUUUCCUUGUCACUUCUUAAUAUUUUCUGUUGUUUUCAUUUUCUAAUUCUUAUUCUAUUUCCGUUUUCUGUUUCCUUCCCCCUUUUUAUUCUAUUUAUUUAGAUAGGACAAUUAGACUUACUGAUUAGGUUUAUUAGUAUAGUUAAUGUAGCUGGUGGUUUUUUAUUUUUAAACAGAUUUCCUCAUUUUUUGUGCUCUCUCAUUUUUAAUGUUUUAUUCCUAUGGAAUUAGCCUGAGGGUUUUUUUUUUUUUUGACAGGCAGAAUGGACAGUGAGAGAGAGAGAGACAGAGAGAAAGGUCUUCCUUUGCCGUUGGUUCACCCUCCAAUGGCCACCUCUGCCAGCGCGCUGCGGCUGGCACACCGCGCUGAUCCAAAGGCAGGAGCCAGGUACUUAUCCUGGUCUCCCAUGGGGUGCAGGGCCCAAGUACUUGGGCCAUCCUCCACUGCACUCCCUGGCCACAGUAGAGAGCUGGCCUGGAAGAGGGGCAACCGGGACAGAAUCCAGUGCCCUGACCGGGACUAGAACUCGGUGUGCCAGUGCCGCAAGGCGGAGGAUUGGCCUAUUAGCCAUGGCACGGGCCUAGCCUGAGUUUUUACAUAUAGUUAGUGUUAUCUGUUGGUAACAUUAGCACAGCGAGUGUUCAUUUUCGUUUGUUUCAUAGGUGACUAGCUAAUGUUACUAGUGUCAGAGAGAGUAGAGAGGCGGGCACCCCCACAAUGGAAGGCCACGCAGCCUUCCCCAGUGAGGAAGAGGUCCUCGAUGGAUACCAAGUCCUCAGGACCAUCGGCCAGGGCAGCUUCGGGCGGGUGAAGCUGGCCCACCACCUGGAAAGCGGCACCCUGGUGGCCGUGAAAAUCAUCGCCAGAGAGGACCAGGACUCCUCCAGCUUCCGGCAAGUGCAGGUGGAAGCGGAUAUCAUGAGGGGCAUGCGUCACCCGAACAUCAUCAGGCUGCUGCAGGUACAGCACACAGCAGAGCGCGCGUACAUCUUCAUGGACUAUGCGAGCGGAGGGGACCUCGAGCAGUACGUGGCAGAGCGUGGCCGCCUGCGGGAGGCAGAGGCGCGUCUGAUGUUUAACCAGGCGUUAUCCGCGGUGCACUACUGCCACAGCAAGCGUGUUGUGCACAGAGACUUAAAAUUGGAAAAUUUCCUUUUGGAUGCUGGGCUAAAUAUUAAACUGACUGACUUUGGCCUGAGCUGCAGACUGACUGAGGGGCAGCACUUAGAGUCAUUUUGUGGGACCCCACAGUAUUGCGCCCCGGAAGAGUUCCUAGACGAAGAAUUCAAUGGCUAUAAGGCAGAUGUGUGGAGCCUGGGCGUGGUCCUAUAUACCAUGACAACAGGGUCCCUCCCCUUUGUUGGCAAGAACUGGGUGCAGCUCGAGGACAACAUCUUGUCUGGGUAUUACCAGGUUCCACUGUAUAUGAGCCUGGAGCUCGAGCACCUGUUAGGGAGGUUACUGACCUAUGACCCUGGGGAGCGACCCACAGUGGCAGACACUAUGGGCCACCAGUGGCUCAGCAUGGGACAGGAAGAACCUAGAACAAGUGGGAUAAUGCGUGAGGAGCCUCUGGGUUCUCCCCAGGAAAAGGAAAUCCGCGAAUGCCUGUUGGGCCUGGGUUUUCAGCUGGGCCGGAAGGAACAGGACAGCCACUUGACCCCCAUACUGUGCUGGGAGAUAUCCCAGCAGGGGGACUUCAGUGGACCAGAAAAAAUGGAAGUAACGGAUGUGGAGCCUCUGGGUUCUACCCAGGAUCCUGAGGUCCGACAAUACCUGGCAGGCCUGGGCUUUGAGCUAGGCCACAAGGAAGAGUCCCUGACACACAGCCAUCGAGCUGUCACCUGGUCUCCAGUGCUGCAGAAGGGCCAUGCUGGGGGGAAGUGCCCGCCGCAGGCUGCUCCCUCCCCUCACAGCCAUCAUGUUGCCCAGCGCCUCCCUGAUCGCUGGGACCGCAGGGGCAGUGCCCGUGAGUGUGCCCUUCCCAUCUCCCCACUGCUGCAGCCCGAGAAGGACCCGGCGUCAGAGCCAAGUGCCUGCCAGGAAAGGACCCCCAGGAUGGCCAAUCCCCGGCCUGGCAUGAUGCGGAGGUGCCCCACUCCCAGGCCAGCCCCCAGGCAGGGCUCUGUGGCCUCCCUCUCCACCCUCAGCCCCCAGAGCAGUGAGGACCAUGUAGAAGACAGGAGCUGCUUCCAGGGAGCGGCAGAGAAAGCAAGCAUCCCAGGGAGGCAACUGGAGGGGGAGGCGGGGACGUCAGCCACUCUCGCGGACACGAGCCAGGGCCGCCAGGGGCUCUGCCGGAGGCUGGUGAACUUCCUCCUGCGGGUGUGCGGCGUCCUGUCGGCCCCAGAGGCAGGCCCUGGUGUCCAGAGGAGAAAGGUUAUCCCUGCGUAGCCUCAUUCAGGGGAAACGCCCAACAGGAGGGGCCCUGACACUGACUGCCUGAAUUGUAGUGCACGGUUUUUAGCCUUUUGUUCAUGAUUCUCAUGAAUAAAAAUCAUAAUGGCAUGCACAAAUGGGGUCCAGCGGGAUGCCGGGGUCUGUCUGUGCACUGCGGAACAGUUUGAUCCAGUUGACUGCACACGGAUCACUACGGAAAAGACCGGGGCUGCCUGACGUCACAUCUGAGGAUUCCAAAAAGGCUCACUUCAUAGAGACCGAAUGAUGGCUCCCAGAGGCAGGGGCUGGGGGAGGGACAGGCCCGCAGCCUGUGAGGUUGCAGAUGCACAGGACGAGGUGGGUGCUGAGCUCCGGGCACCUGGGAGCUCCUAGUGCAGUGAUGUCUGAGAAGAGCUGCAAGAGCCCCUGCCCCUGCCCCCCUGCAUUGUCACUGGGGAACACGAGGACACCAGGGCCUCGAGCCAGACGUCCUGGUGUGUGGGGUCAGCCAGGUGUGGAGCUGCAUGGCUGCAGCCUGGGGGGCGGGGGCAGGGAGCACUUGGAGUGCGUCAGAAAGGUUCCAUGGAAAAGUGAUGUCAGAGAAUCGUCACAGUCACCCCAGCAGAGAUGAUCCACAGUGGUCCUGAGGGACAAGGCCCCGAGCCACAUGCAGGGCAGAAGUGCAGACUGCGUGGGACCUGACACGCACGUCCCCUGGGUGCCAUUCUCAGAGGGCCCCAUGGGUGGGUUCAUGCUGCCUGACGUCCUCCACAUGAGGACCAAGUCCUGGGAGUCACAGAGGCGGCCUGGGCACGGCCCCCAGGGGGCUCAGGGGUCGCCCGUCUGCUGCUGUGUUUCCUGACUCUACUACGCAAGUCCUGGGCCUUUGCACACUGGCGUUUGCUCCUUUUGGGAGCUGUGGCACAGUGCAGUCCCUCUGCAAGGCCCUUGGGCCCCAGUCUGGGGCCUGCAGUCCAUUUGAGUGUUCAAGGGGUGCCCGGCAGUGGGCCAAGAAGACUGAUGGCAAAGACAACAGCCCAGAGAGCCAGAGGGCUGGCGGGAAGGGGGCCUUGGCUAAGACAGGUUCUGGGGUCCCAGUUACUGAGAUUUCCAAGUGAAUAGCCAAUGCGUGGAUGGGAGGCCCAUCAGGCCUUCCUCGGGCAUCCUAGGAAACUGAGCACCCAGGAAGGGCUCUAGCCCCUCGUGCAUUGGCUGGCCCUGCUGUGUGCAUGGCCUUCAAUGUCCUAUGACGGCCAGCGGUCAUGGUCAGGGAUGGCCCUGGGGCCUCCCUGUCAGGUAAGACUGACCUUCACCCUGAGAGCAGGGCUGGGGGGAGCAGGCUUGUUGCAUCCCUUCUGCCCCCAGGGUGGGUUUUCUUCAUGCCCAGCCACCCGUGGCCCCCCAGUGUCCCUGUAUUUCCAAUUCAUGCCUGACUCCAUCACCGUGAGGACAGGACUCCAACUUUUGGGACCUCCCUCAGCAUCCCCUGCAGACCUUUGCGACCUCCACUUGCCCCUCUCUCUACAUACACUGAGCCAUCCUGUUUUCCACAGCUACUGGGCCACCCCUGGGCCUUUGCACGUGCUGUUUCCUCUCUAGGAAGCCCUCAGGUCAGACACAUGGCUGAGAUGCCCUGGGAUCCCUGAGAGCUGUCAGACAUGAAUUCCACACAGAAGCCCCCACAUCCAGCUGAAGGAGGGGGCCCUCAGUGAGUAGACUCCCCUGGGUACAAAGGAAGGACGGGCACGGCACUGCCCAUCCCGAGGGCAGCUUGUGAAGGGGGGGGGGUAGCAGACCCCUACAGGAGCAGCCCUGGGCACUACUGCGGAGGUCUCCAGGCAGUUGGAAACCUGUGCUAGGAGGCCACAAUCAGUGGUGGAGGCCCAGUACUCUGGUUUCCAGAACAACCCCCCAUUGCUGCCUGACUCUGGGUCUCACCUGCAUUGUCCCCCAGUGCAGGUGGGCAGAACCAGUUCAAGAGCAUCCUCCAGCCUCUUCCACCCCACCUCCCCCACCUCCCCCAUCUCCCCCUUGUCACUAGCUCCCUCCAUGACCCCCACCCCCUUCAUCUCCUAUUGCGUGCCUCUCACAGCUGUUUCUGUCUGGGUGCCCUGAGCUUGGCAAGAUCAGCAAAUCCCAUGCUGAGCCGGGCCCUUGCCUUGUGACUGACAGCUCCCCGAGUCUUCCAUGAUGAGCCAAGGGACUGCUGGGCAGACUGUGGCUCCCCAGACACAGCCUACCUCUGAUGAAAGGGCCGCCUUCCUCUCCAUCCCCCAUUCAGCCUUUGGCUGCACACUCACCUCCUCCUCCUGCCCCCAAACCACACCUCCAAUGGGCAGGUGCAACAGCACAUGGGACCCCAGGGCCACACAGUGUCUCAUGAGGACCAACAGCAGCGACCCAGAGCAGAGGGCAGACAAGAGCCCACUGAGCAGCCAGGACACUGCAUGUGGCGGUGGCGGUGGGCCACAAAGAGGGUGAGGCGGGCCUGGGGCUGUCCCGCCUGUCAGCCCAGCUGCUCUGCUCUCAACACAUACCAGGUGCUGAGAUGCACUCUGAAUAAGGGGCUGCCGAGACCCCUGUGAUUAUGCCUUCCAAGACUUUGCAGAGAAUGCAUGGGCAGGGAAGAGCUGGGGUGGAUGAGCCCAGGGACCCAGAGGCUGGGAAGACUUAGAAACACAGUUGGGCAGUAUCCCCAAGGCACAGGGAGUCCCCACGUGUCCUCCAGAAACUGUUGCCCAUGGCCCAGCCACACUGGGGGCAGCAUUCCAAGUCCAUAGGGACAGCUGCAGCAUCUCACAGCAACUGAGGGCCAGCACCUGCCAAUGUCCAUUUCGAGUGUCGGCUCACGCAGCCACGUAGCUGUGAAGUGGCCGCCAUUACGCCAUUUCCAGGGGGAAACCAAGGCUCUGAUGGGGUGAAGGACUUGCCCAAAGUCACCCAGAGGCUUUGGGCUGCUGGCCUCCUGAAAUUGUCCCUGAAGUGCACGACUGUCUGGGGCAUUCCCAUCUGCUGAAAGCAGUCCAGAGCAGAUUGAGGAGUCUGGGUAGCAGUUGCACAGUAGACAGGCAGGGCCAGGAAAAACUCCCCAGAUGAGCAGAGUCCGGGCAGGGCAGGAGUGGGAUGGGAUGUGGGCACUGCCAGUUGACAAGGAGAGAAGGUGUUCUCAGUGUUGGACCCCUGUGCAAAGGCCCACAGUAUGAUGCAGCCUGGCCCAGGUGGCUCCACAUGGAGCAAAGAGGCGAAGACGUCACUGAGGUGAGAGGGAAAGCUCCAGCCUCCACCUCCUCCUGCCCACCUCCUGCCUGGGCAGCUUGACCUCCCUUUGUCUCUGCCAUAGGCCCAGCCACAGAGCUGUCUCCUCCCAUCCCAGGCUUCUGUGUUGCUCUGUCCCUGCUCAGACACCAUGGGUGGACCCCACCCUGGAAGUGGUCACCACUGAGGGGCAGUCCUCGCACCCCUGCAGUGUUUAUGCAGAAACCCAAUGCCCAGCCAAGUCACCACGCUUUCAUGGCAUUCACGGCAAAGGGGAUCCAAGGCGCUCUGGUCUUGGGAAGGAACCCAGGGUGCCUGCACCAGGCAACAGCGAGGGAGGGAUCUUACUUGGGUGAACUUGACCCCAUUUCAUGAUUUGCUUAGCCAUCUUUCUGCUUUCUGAGCUUGGCCCAGCGUAUUCACACCACUCACAGGCUGUGGCCCAAGGGUGCUUCCAGUACUUUGGAGGUUCC